GCAGACGGUCGUGUUUCAGUCGCAGUCCCUCGAGGAACAGUUCCCGACACCCCACAUAAAAACCCAUCAUUACCAGCGACACAAGUGCAACGGUGUGAAAACCAGGGAAAAACUGUGUGCGAUUUCGACGAAAAACGCAGGAUAUAUCGUCGCAUUAUCCUUGGUAACAAACCUAAACCUAAAACCAAAAAACACAAAAAAAUAACCAAAAAAAAAAGACAAAUAACGAACGAAUUUUGCUUGUUUACAACUUGCGGUCAGGACUUUUACGGAUUUUCAGGGGGUUUGUCGUGUUAGUUUGUGUGGUUUUUCCGCCCCUGUUCCUGUGUGUUUGUGUUGUGCUGCUGUAAAGUGGAAGAUGCCAUGGCAACACAUUGCUAAUCGAUGACGUGACCAAAAACAACAAAAAAUAACCAAAGGAAACCAAAAAAAAAAAGGAGACCGCGCCCCCCUCUUCACACUUGGGAUAACACAAGGAUAAUGACCAUAAACUGACUUGAUUGCGAAUUGAAAUGGCAGCAACAAUGUGAACGACCAGAAGAGCAACAAUACCAGCGAAGAGCUCUGAAAAUAAGCAGCAAAGAGAAAAUAGAAAACAGCAGAUAGAAACGGACAAAUCAUAAACAAGAAUGCCGGGCAUUUGCGAAGGACUGUGAGCUGCAAGGAUGCUGAUGCGAUGCGAAGGCGACGCAGAUUGCAUUCAAGGACCGCUGGGCCAGCAAACAAUCAGUGGGGCAAACAAUGAGAACUAAUAAAGCACUUAAGCGGAUAGACGACCAGCAGCAUCAAGGACACCCAAGUGGAAGUGAGUCUCCAGCAGGAGCAGCAGCAGCAGCAGCAAAAGCAACAGCAUCAAUCAAAAUAAGAUUUCCCGUACUACGGGGCGUAUGAUCAACGUGCAUCAGUUUGAUACGCUGACAAUGGCGAUUUUGGCUCAAAUUAGACGCGACAUGGGUCGUCGUUGUGCCACAUCUUCGCCACCCGACGGCUGUAAGGAUGACACCGAGGCCAUCACAGUUUCCGGGGCAACCACACCGCUGACAGCCAAUGGGGCCACCACGACCGGACUGACUGUUACCCCGAAAGACAUGCAACGAAACCACCUGCUAAAGAUGCCAACAGCAACAAUAGAGAAACCAACGAUAACAGCCACCACCACCAACACCAUCAUUACCAAUAACGCUACCAAAUCGGCAGCAACAGCCGUUCGAAACCCUUGCCGGGCAUUAAGGAUACUGGCCAAGGGCCUGCUGCUACCCAUCCUGAUCCUGGGCAUCCUCGUGGGCAGCAGCCAGGCGGGAUUCGCCUGCCUCAGCAAUCCCUGUGUGUUCGGCGUCUGCAUCGAUGGACUGAACAGCUCGUACUCGUGUUACUGCAUUGAUGGCUACACAGGGAUCCAGUGCCAAACGAAUUGGGACGAAUGCUGGUCGAGUCCCUGUCAGAACGGCGGGACAUGUGUGGACGGUGUGGCCUACUACAAUUGUACGUGUCCGGAAGGAUUUUCUGGAUCCAAUUGCGAGGAGAAUGUCGACGAAUGCAUGUCGAAUCCCUGCCAGAACGGCGGACUUUGUCGGGACAGGACCAAUGGCUACAUAUGCACCUGCCAGCCCGGUUAUCUCGGCUCUCACUGCGAACUGGAUGUGGCCGUCUGCGAGACAGGAACUGGUGCCCGUUGUCAGCAUGGCGGUGAGUGCAUCGAGGGUCCUGGACUGGAGUUCACCUGCGACUGUCCGGCGGGUUGGCAUGGCAGGAUUUGCCAGGACGAGAUCAACGAGUGUGCCUCGUCGCCCUGCCAGAAUGGAGGCGUCUGCGUGGACAAACUGGCGGCCUAUGCCUGCGCCUGUCCCAUGGGAUACACGGGCAUCAAUUGCGAGGAGGAGAUCCUCAUCUGUGCGGACAAUCCCUGCCAGAAUAAUGCCUUGUGUCUGAUGGAGGAGGGUGUGCCCACGUGCUAUUGUGUCCCCGAUUACCAUGGCGAAAAGUGCGAGUUCCAGUACGAUGAGUGCCAAUUGGGUCCACGUUGCAUGAACGGUGGUGUCUGUAUCGACGGAGUGGACACCUUCUCCUGUUCAUGUCCGCCCCUGUUAACUGGCAUGCUCUGCGAGUGUUUGAUGGUGGGUGAGGAGUCGUUGGACUGCAAUUACACGGCACCUGCCACCCAAGCUCCUCCAAGGAGGACCACCACCACAUCCACAAUGGCGCCGCCCACAGUGAGGCCUGUCACUCCGCCGGAGACCACGGUACCGCCAAGGGUAUCCGAGGAGGUAGAGGUAAUAGUGCUUACCACCAUUGCUCCUGUGGAAGGGAUUACCUCUUCAUCUUCCUCCUCAUCCGAGGAAGCCGUUUCCGUGGAGAUAAAAACGCCGACCUUGGCACCCCCCGAAAGCGAUAGCCAUAGUAUAUCCGUAGAGCAAACCACGGUGGUUCCAGCACAACCUGAUCCUGAACCGGAACCGGAACCAGAGCCCAAGACUCAACCACCCCCAUCAUCGGAAUCGGAAACCGAGGAGGAAAUAAUACCAGGCACUACAGCUCGACCGCCAACCAGCAGAUCCUCCAGCUCUUCGGAGGAAUCCCCCAGCAUCUAUACCACUUUGCCACCUCUACCGGGAAAAUCCCAAACCACUUCCUCGGUAGAAUCUUCUGGUGAAGUAGUCACCUCCGAGGAAUACACCCCUGUGCCGCAUUUCGAAGUGAGUGCCAGCAGUAAAAGUGAAAGUGGAAGCGAAGAGGUCACAUCAGUGCGACCCACUGCAGCACCCAGCAUCACCAUACAAGUGGACAUCACCUCAUCCAGCAGCAGUAGUUCGGAAUCAGUGGAAAUAGUCACCACACCGGCUCCAAUAUUUGUGCAGAGAGUGACUACAAUCGAGACGAGCAUCUCCAUAGACUAUGCCACGCCCACUCCCCUGCCGGAAACAACCACACCGCGGGUGGUGCCAGUGCCAAGACCCACAUUUGCCCCAGAGCCACCACUGGAUGUUGUUGAAACGACUGCCUCAACGCACCACCUUUGGACGGAGGUGCCCACCACGGCAGCUCCCUUCUUCACGGAAUAUCCCGCGGAAGUGCUAAUCACCACUCAUCGAACGAGUGCCGGCAGAUUCACCACUGUGCAGCCACCUGUUCAGGUCACCACUAUCUCACCGGUCGAGGAUUCUUCCGUGGAAUUGCCCACACCACACACACCACUCAUUGUGGUCACCAUAUUGGAUGCAAAUGCCACAAUACCACCCCUGAUCACAACCACUGGACUGCCAACGACCCAUCACCACCACCACCAUCAUCACCACGAGCCAGAGGGCACCACUCUCCAGCCUCUGGAAGAAGACGAGCACCACCAUCACCAUCAUCAUCACGACGAGGUCACCACUCCAUUGCCUGUGGAAAUAUCUACGGGACAUCCUUUGCAAACGGACGACCUGAUUGGAGUACAGGAACCUGCUUUAGUGACCACAGUGGAACCUUUUGUGCCGCCAGAGACGACUGUAAUUCCAGUGAUAGUUCCUGAAACGAUUGCACCACUUGGAACUCCUGCACCACCACCUACGGCAGCUCCUGUUCCUCCGGCCACCACUGCUCAGCCCACUCCUCCGCCUACUGAACCACCAACAGUGGCGACUACUCUGCCACCACCUCCACCACCCACUCUACGCCCUGUGCCCCUUCCUCCGGUGACCCUGCCCCCUCCCACGAUUCCACCCACUCCCCCGUCCACGCAAUCCGCACAAACUUUACCGCCACCCACGUCGGUCAUAAAUGUUUACACCACCCCCGAAGGACCGCCCACGGCCGCCCAAACAAAGGCAACGGUCACGGAGAGCAGCGAGGAGGUGGAGGGCAGCAAUACGGUGUCCUCCGGCGGAAGGGGAUCCGGCGGAGUUCCCGAGGAGAAGGCGGGCGAUGUCGAUUGCAUCAAACUGGGCUGCUACAAUGGCGGCACCUGCGUAACCACAUCCGAAGGAUCGCGGUGUGUUUGUCGCUUUGACCGCCAGGGUCCGCUAUGCGAGCUGCCAAUCGUCAUCCGGAACGCAGCGUUCUCUGGGGACUCGUACGUGUCGCACCGCAUCUACAAGGACAUCGGGGCCCACGAGUCCUUGGACGCCGUCCUGCCCAUGCACAUCCAGCUGAAGGUGCGAACGCGGGCCACCAACGGACUGAUCAUGCUGGCGGCGGCCCAGGGAACCAAGGGCGGCCACUACAUGGCCCUCUUCCUGCAGAAAGGACUCAUGCAGUUCCAGUUCUCCUGCGGACUGCAGACGAUGCUGCUGAGCGAACUGGAAACGCCGGUGAACACCGGCCACGAAAUUACCAUUCGAGCUGAAUUGGACUUCAGCCGGAAUUACACACACUGCAACGCCUCGCUGCUGGUGAACGACACGCUGGCCAUGUCCGGGGAUCAGCCCACCUGGCUGAAGCUGCUGCCCCCGCGCCUCCACACCCCCGAGGCGAUACUGAACACCUGGCUGCACCUGGGCGGAGCGCCCCAGGCUCCGAUUGGCCUGAUUAUCGAAUUGCCGCCGGCCCAGAGCGGCACCGGCUUCACCGGCUGCCUCCAUACGCUGCGCAUCAACGGACAGAGUCGCGAGAUUUUCGGGGAUGCCCUGGAUGGCUUUGGCAUUACCGAAUGCGGUUCCCUGGCCUGUCUAUCGAGUCCUUGCCGCAAUGGCGCCGCCUGCAUUAAGAUCGAAACCAACGAUCUUGACGAGAACGGCGAGAAGGCGGAGAAGUGGAAGUGCAAGUGCCCCACGGGAUACAUGGGACCCACCUGCGAGAUAUCCGUGUGCGAGGACAACCCGUGCCAAUACGGUGGAACCUGCGUACAAUUUCCGGGCAGCGGCUAUCUCUGCCUGUGCCCGCUGGGCAAACACGGUCACUACUGCGAGCACAAUCUUGAAGUGGCCCUGCCCUCGUUCUCCGGCAGUGUUAAUGGCCUCUCAUCGUUUGUGGCCUACACGGUACCAAUUCCCCUGGAGUAUUCCCUCGAGCUGAGCUUUAAGAUCCUGCCGCAAACCAUGUCGCAGAUUUCCCUGCUGGCCUUCUUCGGCCAGUCGGGCUAUCACGACGAGAAGAGCGAUCACCUGGCGGUGAGCUUUAUCCAGGGAUAUAUAAUGCUCACAUGGAAUUUGGGAGCUGGACCUCGUCGCAUUUUCACCCAGAAACCCAUUGACUUCCGGCUGGAUGCUCCGCGAGUUCCCUACGAAAUCAAAGUGGGACGCAUUGGUCGACAGGCGUGGCUUUCGGUGGACGGAAAGUUCAAUAUCACGGGUCGUUCGCCCGGAAGUGGCAGUCGUAUGGAUGUGCUGCCUAUUUUGUAUCUUGGAGGCCAUGAAAUAGCCAAUUUCAAUACGCUACCGCACGAUUUGCCACUGCACUCGGGAUUUCAGGGAUGCAUCUACGAUGUGCAGUUGAAGGCGGGUCAGGUCACUGUUCCGCUGCAGGAGACGCGUGGGGUCAGAGGUCGCGGGGUGGGUCAAUGUGGAACCAGGGAAUGCCAUCGCCACGCCUGCCAGCACGAUGGCGCCUGUCUGCAGCAUGGAGCAACCUUUACUUGCAUCUGCCAGGAGGGCUGGUAUGGUCCACUCUGCGCCCAGCCCACGAAUCCCUGCGACUCAUUCAAUAACAAAUGCUACGAGGACGCCACUUGUGUGCCACUGGUCAAUGGCUAUGAAUGUGACUGUCCUGUAGGACGAACGGGCAAAAACUGCGAGGAGGAAAUCCGUUCCCUGAGCGAUGUAUCCCUGACUGGCAGACGUUCGUAUCUGGCGGUUCGCUGGCCAUAUUUAUAUGAUGGCGGUGAUAAACUGGGUGCCAAGCGUUCCCAAAUGGUCAGCUACCGGAACUUCACCAAGAAGCUAAUGCCCCCGAAACCGAUAACCACGCCCAGCACCCACUUUGUAAUGAAACUGCUGAACGAGGUGGAAAAACAGAGGAGUUUCUCGCCAGUUCCUUUAAUGGGAUCGAAGACAUUUGAGGAGCACCACCGAGUACAGUUCUUCUUUAUCGAGUUCCAACUGCGUCCGCUCUCGGAAAGAGGAUUGCUUUUAUACUUUGGCACCCUCAACAACAAUCAAGACAAGAAGAUUGGCUUCGUAUCCCUAUCCCUGCAAGGUGGUGUGGUGGAGUUCAGGAUCUCAGGGCCAAGUACUCAUGUGACGGUGGUGCGGAGUGUCCGGAUGUUGGCCAUCGGCGAGUGGCACAAGAUCAAGAUGGCGCAGCGGGGCAGAUGGCUGACCUUAUGGGUGGAGGGCAGCGCCUCAUCGGCCUUGGCCCCUUCGGCCGAGGUCCUGGUCGAACCGGACUCCCUGCUCUACAUUGGCGGACUGAAGGAUGUGUCCAAGCUGCCGCACAACGCCAUCUCUGGAUUCCCCAUUCCAUUCAGAGGAUGUGUCCGCGGAUUGGUGGUCAGUGGAACUCGCAUUGUGCUCAACGAAACCAACAUUGUGGAAUCGCGCAAUAUUCGAGACUGUGAUGGCACCGCCUGUGGCGGAGAUUCCUGCGAAUCUGGAGGACAUUGUUGGCUGGAUGAGAAGCUGCAACCGCACUGCAUCUGCCCGGAAUAUGCAAAAGGAGAUCGCUGCGAAUAUUCGGAGACAUGCAAGCUCAUUCCGUGCAAAAAUAAUGGAAGAUGCCUAAGAAGUGGGCGCUGUUCGUGUCCAAAUGGCUGGGGAGGCUUCUACUGUGAGAUUGCCAUGAGCAAGCCGACCACGCCGAGCUUCCGUGGCAACAGUUACCUGAUCUUGCCGCCGCCGCGAAUUCCAAUGAAAGACAAGCGACGGGGACCCUCGCUCUAUGUCCGCCCCCGCGAAGCCAUCCAAGUUUCGCUGAACUUCUCCACCAUCGAACCGGACGGACUGCUCCUGUGGAGCGAGCACGAGAGGAGCAAGUUCCUGGGCUUGGGCUUGGAGGCGGGUCACCUGAAGUUGGCCAGCAAUCUACUGGGCAGUGCCAACGACACGGUGAGGGCCCCGGCCAGCGGAUUUAUAGCCGAUGGCGCUUGGCACUGGACGAGUGUGCUGCUGGAUCGAUCGAGGCUGGAACUCCAGCUGGAUGGCGAGGUGAUCUUCACGGAGAGAUUGCCCGAGAACGGAAGACCACCUAUGGCCUCGACCACUCCGCGAACAACUCUGGUGGGCAGGCGCAAAAAUGCCAGCAAGGAGCCAACAAUCAGCUACGAGGAUGUCUUCUACUUGGGUGGCUUCCCCAACUCGGACUCGGUGAGCAGGCGCACAAAAGGCCGGUUCUUCGAUCCUUUCAAGGGAUGCCUGCAGGACAUCCAGUUCGGUGCCGAACCCACAGCGAUUAUCAGCGAUUUUUCGACGUACCAGGGCGAGAAUAUCGGAUCCUGUGAUCUUCACGGCGAUGAGCCGCUCAUUGUAUAGGAAACAAAAUCAAAAAACAGCAAAAUCGGAGUUACGAAUCUGUAGAAAAUUUCGAUCAGCUUGAACUUUCAAGAUUAGCAAUUUUCAUGAGGAGCUAAUUGACGACGCGAUAUAUAGAGAGAACUAACUUAUAAGCUAAGUGAUAAGCGAGUUUAUAUAGGAAAUUGGGGGAAAUCCCCUCCCGGAAUCAACAUAUACACACAGUUUUUGGGCAAAGCUAUCGAUAAAAAAAAGACAGACGAAUAAAAUACAAGAAAUGAAACGUAAUUUUGUAAAUUUUAUAGAAAUAAAUGAAAAACAAAAAAAAGACAAUGUUUAGACUUAAAACCAUGGAAACAAACAACAAAUUAACUGGUUUAUCAAAACAAUACCAAAAGAAAAACUAAGACAAAAUUUUAGACUAGGAUCUAAAUCUAGAAAAUACCGAUACCAGAUACCGAUAUAAACUUCUCUUACUUAAGUGAUAUUUCAAGUGGAAUAACGAUUAUGGAUAAUCUAUCCUAAAUGAAUCUUAACUUAUUUGAAUGUAUAUUGUUUUUGUUGAGCCAACCUUUUGUUAUGCAAUCGUAAGCAUUUGUGUUAGAUAAUUACAAAACAAAACUUUUCGAUCGAAUUUUACCUUAUUUCUCCGAAUUUCAAUACUCAACUAUCUACGAAAACUGCCCUUAACGAUUUUCUGCCAUUUUUAGUUGUUAUAUUUUAAAAUUUAAUUUAGUUAGGUCGAUUUUGUCUCCCUGUUAUCUAUGUACGUUAUUAUAGCAUAAAAAUCUCCUGAUUGAAGCCAUUUAGUUGCCUUGUAGUAAGUUAGCGUGUACUCUCUAUGAUUUAUCUUGAAGAACUAACUCAAAAUCGAAAUCGACUAUUCUAACAGCAAAUCAAGACGCAUACGGAAAAUCUAUGCUAGUCAUACAAUAUAAUUAUUCUUAUAAAUGGGAAACCAAGUAGCGAGAAAGAUACAAACAAACAAAAAUAUAUAUACAAUACUUAUACAAUACGAAACCAAAUGAAAAUUGUAACCAAAACAGUAAGUUAAGUAUGUAUUUAUUUCGAGAGACAUCUUAAUCAGCUAUAAUUUUAAAUAAAAAGAAAACAAAUGGGAAUUAGAAAAGGUUAAUAAAAUUAAAGGA